AUGGCCGGACUUGAAUCGGUGCCUGCCUUCACCGACCGAGCAAAGCAGAUCGGCAUCAGCGAGGACCUUCUGAAGAAGCUCCUUGCUAAGAGCUUGGACACCUUCGGCAAGCUAGCUUUCGUGUGCUCGAGCAAACCUUCCAGCGGGGAUGACACUCCUCUCUUCGAAGCCCUGAAGACUCUGAUCGGGAGUGAGGUUCCAGUGGAACAACAUAUGGUGAUCAGGAGAUUGUGGUACGAGAGCCACGCCCACGCCCUGGUUGACUUGGAAUCGAGGGCUUCGAGAACAAGUGAUACAAGCCCCCGCGAGCUUCCGUUGGCUGAACGCCUAACACGCUUGAAACGCCAAAGGGGCGAGCUUAAAGGCCUCGAGAUGGAUAUCCACACAGAACCUGGACACGGCCUUGUGGACCGCGUCCAGGCCAUGCUCGAUUCUGCACAAGUGCUGCACAUCGCGCCGGAGAAGUGCAUUUCCCGCCAUGACGAAAUCCUGGGUGAGAAGACGGAACAAAAGAUCUCUUUGGGAGCCGACGGGAACAUCAAGGUCACGAAGCAAGCCUCGAGCCUCCGUUGCGAGACUACCGGCGAGCUCAAGCUUCGCCGGUGCUUCCUGCGCCGGGCCUUAGCGUUCGAUCAAGUAGGGCUCGCCUCCUUCACUGCACUGGAGUCUUGGCACAACCGCAUGUUCCAGGCUCUGCUUGAUGUGCCUCCGGCAGGUUAUCGCUACACUACCGUUCAGCAGCUGCUUGCAGCUGAUCAGAAGCUUUGGCAGGUGGUGGCCCAGGAGAGCCGAGGUGACAUCGUCGUCGGGGUCGGAGCCCCGGCUCCUCUUGACAAGCACAUAGCCGCUGCUGCAACCAAUCAGUUUGUCGUGUCAUGCUUGACUCACCUGCCCAAGCCCUUGGAAGCUCCCGCUCCCACAUGGCUGCCAAACAAGCCCGGCAAAGGACCCGGCAAGAAGGGGGAUAAGGGAAACAAGGGCGGAGGCAAAGGCAAGGGCAAGCAAAACCAUAGCCAAUCCGGUGCGGAAGCCGCCCCGACAACCUCCUUGAAGGAGCUGCUCGAAUCUCUGCCAGAGGGCUGUGUGCGAGCCACCGAUGAAGGUCGCUUCAUCUGCCCUUUCUACAAUAAGGGCAUCUGCCGAUUCCAGAAGCGCAAGUCGUGCCGGUUCGGGAAGCAUGUGACCGCUUUGUUUGAUGCGUUGCCACACGACCAGUGCGAUCGGAGUGGUUCGGGUUUUUCCUUCUCUGCAGGACUCUACUCACGAGUCCAAGUGGGCCUCCGCAAGGCCUGCAAGCUGUUUCCACUUUCUGUGCAGGCGGUGAAUAAGUUUGUAGCUCAUUUGCUUGACGGCGCAGUUUACACGAGUUUUGCCAUAUUUUCCAGAGUACAGACCCGGGAGCACCGGGACAAGCAGAAUUCCUUUUUGCCAAACAUAGUGAUUCCUUUGACUGCAUUCACUGGGGGGGCCAUCAAGGUCUUGGAACCCAACCGCGAGAUCGACCUUGAGGUUUCGAAAGGACCGGUGCAAUUUUGUGCUAGGCAGCACCCGCACUCAACUUGUCAAGCGCACGGGCGACGAACCGUGCUUGUGCUCUUUUCCCUUAAAGCAGCUUCGCAUGCUUCUGCCGAUGAUCAGCUUUGCUUGAAACGUUUGGGCUUCCCUCUGCCCAAUCCGCGACAGCUCAGCUCCGUCGAAGUCUGCAAGUCCGAGCCUAUUUCCUUGGGUGAAGCGAAGCAGCGCCUCUUGCCGUUUCCAGACAAACCUCAAACCGGCAGUGACCCGGGUGCCCUGGGAAAGCCGACUCACGAAAGUCGUCCGCCGUCCAUGGUAGAGUGCUUGGCCUGUCGUGGUCCCUUAGCAGCAGAGGCCCUCCUCACCGGAUGGGACGCGAUUCCGGUAGGUAAAGGCCCUCACGAUCCCCACGGCUCGCCCAUGUUGCAUUUGGAUCUCUCUGAGGAGGAAAACGUGCAGGCACUUCUCCGAUUUGAUUCGUCGGCAGCUGUUGAUUGGUGGCACGGGACCUGGUGCACCGUGACAACAAGGUUUGCAGGGCCCUUGUUUCAGCCUUGCAACGAGCUCAUCAAACCGGUCAAAGCCACGCCCGGAGCUUUCCCGCAGAUCUCUGCUACGUGUGACAAAUCACAUAAGCAUCAAGCUUGGCUGCCUUCGCCGGCCGGUGGCACCUUCAACGAUGCUUCCCUGCCCCAUGGUUUGUGCCAACGCCUGUGCGAGUGUGCCACCAAGCUCGUCACCGGAUCAACUAAGCACCGUGCAGCAGGCCGCUGCCGUCAGCUCCGGGCUGCUGUCAGGGCCGCCGCGGCCAAUCAGUCUCAUUUCACGCCACCCCUAAUUCCUGAGUUUCGGGUGGUAACCCCUUUGUCCCAAGUGCCUUCGAAUGCUGAUUUCAAGAUCUUGGACAAAGUCGGCUCGACACCGGGGGAAUUGGAUGAGCCGGAUAAGCGGUUUAGGCUUAAUGGUUCUCCCCCUAAGUCCUCGGCUCCCCGAGUAGGUGCAGUGGCUGGUGUUUACCACACCAUGGAAGAGCACCUUCGUCUUGCCUCAAAUUUGUGCAGUCCAGCUGAUACAAGCGAGAGGCUGCCAGAUCAGAUCAGGCGGAACAUUUUCGCCAUGCUGACCGAAGGACCCGUGGCGAUCUCAAAGAAAAGGCUUCUCGCUCUUCAGCAGCUGAACCGAAGAGUGCAGGAGCUUGCAGAUGAAGAAAGAACGCUUCGCGAGAGCAUGCACCCCGAUGUAGAAUCCGUGACCAGGGGGAAAGCGAUCUCCUUGUUCAGGGAACUGCUUGAGGAAACCGCCUUUGCAGACAUGUCCGUAAUCGAUUUGCUUGUGAAAGGCGUGCCACUUGUGGGCCAAGAGCAAGACUCGGCCCUUUUUGCCAAACGGCCGAAGCCGCAGGAGAUCAGCCCGGACCAACUGCGGGCCCAGUCAGCUCUCAGGAGGGACGUUCUACAGCGCACGCGAAAACUCGUCUCUCAGGAGGACUACGCCGCCAUGCGGGCGGAGACGGACGAAGAGGUCAAAGCUGGUUUCCUGAGUGGACCGUACUCUUCCGAGUCCGAGGUCAGUAAAGUGCUGGGGGCCACAAACUGGUCUCUUUCGCCCCGCUUCCUCCUGAGGCAGGGAGAGGACGCAAAGAUUAGGAUAAUAGAUGACUUCAAAAUGUCAGCUGUUAACCGUGCCUUCGGAUCUUCAUCGUUCCUCGAGUUGCAGGACACGGACUUCGCAGUGGGUUUGCUUAGAUUCCUUUCGAGGGUUCUUCAGGAUCGCUCCCGAGUAAGGGUGCCUCUGCUUGAUGGCUCGGUCUUGGAAGGCAACUGGGCGCCUGAGAUGCUGUCGGCCCCUCCCCUGUUGGGCAAGACGCUGGAUUUGAGCAAGGCCUAUCGUCAACUGGCAAUCCACCCUGACUGCAAGGAGUUCUCAGUGCUGGGUUUCCCUACGCCCGCUGGUGGCUGGGAGUACUACAUCACGAGGAGCCUCCCGUUUGGGGCCGGCGCGAGCGUCUUCGGGUUUAAUAAGGUUGCCCUAGGGGUUCUGCACAUCAUGACAGUGAAGUUCAUGGCAAUCGCCACGGACUUUUACGAUGAUUACACCAUCUACGAGUUUAAGCCUGCUGCUUCCUUGCUGGAUAAAGCCCUCAUGCGGCUGCUGGACAUCCUGGGCUGGACCUUCGCGCGCUCCGGGCGCAAGUUUGUGCCUUUUGCCGAAAAGGUAACUUCCUUAGGUGUAACCUUGGGGCUUGAGGAAAUUUGGCAAGGAACCUUGACUGUGGAGAACAAGGCGGGCAGACUUGAGCGCAUCGUUCAGCAGCUGAAGCGGAUUUCGCAAGGAGACGAGAUCACCCGAUCAGAUGUGGCUUCCCUACACGGCCUGCUCAACUUUGCCGGGGGUUUGAUCUUAGGGUUCGAGCUUAAGGCCACCUCGCGUAUGCUGUCGCGAGCCCUGACAGGCCCAUUCCGAGGCAACACAACAGAGUUGCAGCAUGCUUGUGCGUUGGCCUUGGACGUGUUGUCGCAAUGUCGCCCCAAGCGGUGCCCUGCAUCGGUGAAGCCACCCAUCAUCCUGUACACCGAUGGGGCAUACGAGAAAGGCGUUGGGACUUGGGGUGCCGUCAUUGUAGAUGGGGUCACCGGAGCUCGGUGGACCUUUGGCGGGACCGUCUGCCAGCAGCUCAAAGACCUCUGGGAGCGGCAGGCCGGAAAUCAGAUCAUUUGCCAAGUUGAGGGUUACGCUCUUGCAAUUUUGAUCUUCGGUCUUAGGGGUUUCUUGAAAGGCAGGUCGGUCAUAGCCUUCAUCGACAACGAAGCAUGCAGAUAUGGCUUCAUCAAGCGGUACUCGCCAUCCUUGAGCCUUCUUCGCUUAAUCUCGUUGGUGGCGCUGUUGGAGGGGUCUCUCGAGGCCCUACUUUGGUUCGAGCGAGUGCCCUCAAAGAGUAACCCUGCCGAUCUCCCGUCACGGGGAGCUUUCGAAGAGGCUUGCAAACGCUUCGCAGUUGAGAACAAAGGUGACAUCGCAUUGACCCCUACGAUGCUUGAUUUCCUUUGUGCUGCUGACUACAGUGCUCAUACGGCUCAGGCAAUCUUGACCUCCACGCGACUGGAGGCUGACUGGACAUGCUCAGCUUUGCAAUGA